UUCACUAUGUUCACAACACAGAAAAUUAAAAAUGAACAAAAUUCAUUCCGGCCAGUUGUCAGCGCUUGUUUUAUCGCUCGUUGCUUGUUUUGCGUGUUUGAAUUAAAGUAAUUUUUGACCGUGUUUUAUGUAUGAAAACGUGUUAAAAAUAGCUUUCUUUACAUUGAUAAAUAACUAAAUUAAUUCAGAUAAAUAUUUCUUUUUUCUGCUGGUGCGUAUUCACGUAAAAUUUGUCAAGAACAUAGUCUUAAUAUCUUCGCGUUUACCAUCUCAAUGGAGGAUAUUCGUUCGUGUUUAUAAAUAUUGAUUUGUUAGUUUAAAACCUAGCACUGUGUCUUGUAUUUAAUAAAAAGUGAAAUGUGGGUAGUAAUUAUAUGAGUGCUAAAUAUAAUAAUUUGUUGUUAACAUCUCAAAAAUGCAACAGAUGCUGUAUUAUCAUUAUGGCGCACACGAAACGCUGUGCAAUGUGAUUCUCUGUGCUUGAUCGUGUUUUUGUGUCGGUAUAGUGUUUAUUUUGACAAUGGAGGGAACUACUGAAAAAGAUUGCUCUCCCUUGUGGAAUUUAUACCAGCAGAUUGUGUCGGAUAUGAAGAGCAGUGCACCGAUGUGGGAGGAGUUUAUAUCCAAGGCAACCAAACUUCACUCCGCUUUAAAAUCAGCGCUGGUCGCUAUCGCUGCGUUUCUCGACGCCUUUCAGAAGAUUGCGGAUGCUGCGACAAAUGCAAGAGGAGCGACAAAAGAGAUCGGCACAGCUUUAACUCGAGUAUGUCUACGACACAGAGCGAUAGAGAGCCGAAUGAAGACUUUUAUCAGUACAUUAAUGGACCGCCUCAUAACACCGCUGUCGGAACGCGCGGAUGAAUGGCGGCGCGGCUGCAACGGCAGCGGCGCGCUGAGUCGCGAGCAUGCGCGGGAGUGCAAGCGCGCGCGCGCGGAGCUGCGGCGCCGUGUGCACGACGCUCAGCGACACGCAAGGAAGGCACGCCGCGCUGCGCCCGAUGUGAAGCGGCGCGCAGACGUGUGCCUUCAGGAUAUACAAGAGAGAAAGCAACAAUUGGAAGAAAUGGAAGAAAAGGCAGCUAAGGCAGCCCUUAUUGAGGAGAGGAGCCGCUUCUGCCACUUCGUGUCCUUGCUCAGCCCUGUCGUGGAGAGUGAAGUGGCAAUGCUAGCGGAGGUCGGUCACCUACAGGAAGGUACAGAACAGCUGUCGAGGCAAACCUGCGAGCCGCGAAGCCUAUCAGCUGCUAGCUUACAGGUGAUAUGCGACGUGAAGUCGUGCUACAGCGGCUGGGCGGAAGGCGGGUCGGCGCCGCACUCCCCCUCGGCCUCGUCGCGCCUCGGCAGCCGCAAGUCCUCGCUCACGUCCAUAUCCUCCCUCACGAGCCAGUGCUCGGACCAGCAUGGUGUAUCAGGCUCGACAGUGAGUUGCUCCACGCCCAUAUCGAGCGCGUCGUCCAGUCUCACCCCAGCGCCGGCGACUGUGCCGGACUCCCUUCGUGGACUGUCACAGUCCGGUUCUCGGCUGGCCAGCGUCUGCAGUGCGGACUCUGGGUUCCGUUCCCAGGACGCGCUCCAACGACCGUCGCUCUACGUUGACAAUGGUUCAGACAAUCAGAGCGUUAGCAGUGAAUGCGUCACUCCCUCCAAGACGACCGACGAAGACAAUAUCGACGAUGCCAACGACCUUAUGGCCAACGUUGCGUCAGCGACAUGGCCGGAUCUAAAAGACACAGCACAGUUCGAUAGGGCGGCCUCCGCCAUAAUGGGAGGACGACCACAUACUAUAUCUGGAGGAGCGUCAGAACGCGGGCACCCCAGGCCGGCGCUCAGCGUUCACACGUUCACAGAAAACACGAGUCGCGACGCUAUUUAUGCUAGACCACCGUUGCCUACUAGAUGUUCGUCACUAGAGAGACCGAUAGUACCUGCCAAGACCAAUGCCAACACAGUACACGCAGAGUUCAAACCCGCCAAGCCUUCCUCCUUGCCGCCACACCUUGCUAAAGAAAUGCCUCAAGCCGUCUACGUGAAUAUGUCCGAGUUAGCGACAUUAGCGGCCUCUCGGGCUCAGCAACAGCAACAGCAACAGCAACAACAGCAACAGCAACAACAGCAGCAACAACAACACAACAAUGAAUAUCCGCAGCAGGAAAAGGUUUGUUCAGAAAGCAGUGCGAGCGAAUCUUCUUUGGAAUCUUCAAGUGGUUACGGAAGCCAGGGAGCAUUCGCGGGUGAAGACCAUGGGCACCAACAUAUGAUGCCCCAUCCAGAUGCAGUCGAAUCGGAGAUCGUCACGUUGCGAAGGGACAGCGAGACCUCGGUAGCGGCGGCGAGGGAGAACUUUUCCAUAUCCUUGGGCAGCUUAGAGGAGGCGGUCCGUUCCUUGGACGAAGCAACAGAGUCGCCUACAUUUGCUACGAUAGGAAAGAAACCAGCGGUGCCGAAACGACGACCGGUUUCCAUGUCAGCUUCAGUGUGGUCUCGGCGUGGCUCGUCGUCGUCGGUGGGCAAGCCGCCGCCGCCGGUGCGCCGAUCCUCCUCCAUCUCACGACCGCAGCGACCGCCUUAUCCUCAGAGUAACAUGUCGGGAUCACAAGUGAACACAAACGAUACGGACCACUUGCCACCACCUCCCGCUUUUCUUUUACAACCUGAAAAUGAAACGAGCAACGCAGGCCAUCAAACCAUAAACGUAGCCGAAACAGUUAAGCAGUUAACGGAAUUAAAACACAUGCCCGCAUCGCCCGGUCUGGUGCGCCGCACUCUCCAAAACCAAAGUCAAAACCAGACCCAGAACCAAAACCAAAAUUACGGCAACCAACAGAGUCCCACCCAACUGAGUACAUUCCAACAGGCGAAGAGCAACUUUUCUUCCAGCGUGAGCCUGAAUAAUACGGGGAAUUUGAACCCUAUAUACGGACAGACGGGCAAUAGGAUUAUGGCGUAUGUGGAAAAUUCCAUGUUCGUUAGGAAGAAUAGUUUGAACAACUCUAAUUCGGAACUCUAUAGUGGGAAUUCGGGUGGCAUCUAUGGCGAGACCAAAGGAUCGCCGAUCGGUUCUACACCAUCGACGCCUAGUUACGGAGAAACUAACACAUUUUCAAGCUUCGGACCACGAGUGACUAACGAUUCUCACUACGGACAGACUGGAUUUAAGCUGCAGCAAGAGAAGUAUGGCACCGGCAAGUGUAUCUACGCGCAGCCGUCGCAGCUGUCGCCCGGCCCGCUCGUGCGGCGCCUCACCGCGCGCUCGCACAGCGCCGAACGACACCACAAUGAACAUGGCGGUCUAAUAGCGACUUUGAGCGCUAAGCUCGCUCCGCAACUCUCUCCGCGUACGACGCGACGCGGGAUUUCUACCAUCACUACCGCUGAUUCGCCGCCUAAAGGAAAAGGAAUUCCCGCGGCCGUGCAACCCGCGUUUCUGGACAAACUGUCCGCGACUCUACAGAACCAGCGGCGACAGCUCAACUCCUCGCGCGCCAGCACGGUUCGGGACCUAAUCAACGCUCACGCACAGCCGGAUCCGCGAGUAUGCCACACCUCACUAAUGGAGCAGAUUAAACGCGGCGCGACGCUGCGCCGCAACAAGUACUGCAACGAUCGAUCCGCGCCAAAAAUACGCUAAUUAUGUACAUUAUAUUAACCGAAUUGUGUAAAACCGAACGUUUUAUGUGGUCUUUCUUAGAGACGAUUGUUUAGUUUUGAUGCAAACUAUCAGUAUGACAAAAAUAUUUGUGCUAAUUCCGUUAUACGCAAAUCUCUUAAACUAAAUUGAAAGGUUGAAAAACAGUGCUUUCCUUUUGCACAAGGAACAUCGUGAAAAGAAUAACACUUCUUUUAGACAAUUUUUGUUUAGUUUUGUUUUUGUGAAUGAACGCUAUUUUUCAAAACAAACAAACGCACUAUUACUGACGCAAUAGCGAAACGUCCAUCUUUAAAAGUUCUUUAAUAUUGAUGUAAAUUUUACUAUGCAAGUAAAUAUCCAGUUACUACUUUCCCAAAAAAAUCUCAAUUAUAUUUUUGUUGUAUUAUAGUUUUUUCCGGUGCAUGUGCAUAGUUGAUUUGCGCAUGGUUAAACUAAGAAAUUAGCAAAACAAAACUCGAUUAAAUUUAAAAUAUCGAUUUUUUAACGAUUACCUAUUCGAUUUAGCUGUUAUUGAACAUGCAUGCAAUAAACGCACAACACAGAUGUGAACUGAACACAAUAGACAAGUAGUAAAGCAACUAAUUAAAAAGUCUGAUCAAUGUAGAUAAGCUGAUUAUGAAAGCUGAUUUAUAUCAUGGUUUUUUUUAAUCGAAUGGUUUUAUACGGCGAAUGUAAAAUUUUAAAGGUUGCGUGUUUACAUAUUGAAUAAUGCUUAGGUUAAUUUUUCCAAAGUAUUAUAUCCAUAAUUGUUUAACAAAAUAUAUAGCGACGUACUGAAAAAAGAUGGUUACAUUUUAUGGAGUGUGAAAAACUUCUGUGUAAAAAUGUAAUAAAGGUAGAUUUAUUUAUAUGCGAUCGCAAUACAAGUCACAAUGUUUUUCGAUUGACCGCUAAUUGUAGCGCGACGCGGUCGCGGACUUCAAUCUUAGGAGAAACCACAUAUCGAGCGCGAGAAGUACAUUUACAGUACAACCAAAUUAAUAAUGCGCAUGCAGAUCUUCGCUAAUUGUCGUAUUCCGAAUCAUUGAAUCGUAAGAGCCCUAAACAAUGCACUUGCAUUUUGCACCUUGUUAUAAACAAAUAGGAGUCAAUAUCAUGUGUAUCAUACGACCGUUGCCGAACAGUGACGAAGAUUUCUAUGUGCAUUAUUAAUUUGGUUGUACUGUACUGUACAUUUGUUUAGUCUUAUAGAGCAUCACCAAAUCACUUGAUACUUAACAUGAGAAUAAUGCGUUACACAUUUGUUAAGCCCAAAUCACAGGCUCCAGUACCCAAUCUACAAUUACAUAAUUAGUAUUUGCUCAUUACUCGAAUCGACUGUGUACAUUAUCCACCUUAUUUAUUAAUGCUUAUACUUUUUACAGCAAGAUCAUUGGUUUACUUAAAUACUAUAGAAAUUAAAUAAUUUUUCCUUUUUUCGGUCUCCAUUUAUGAAUAAGGUGGUAUAGGUACUGGUAAACGUCCUUAUCUUAUAAUGAAAAUUUAAAUGUUUUCAUUUGUAUAAGAUAUUUAUGAUAACGAAUAUGAAAAUCUCUCGAAAAUCAUUAACGUAAAGCUAUUUUAAAAGUAUUGAUAAAUGCAAUAACAUUUUGACAAUAUUGUAGAAUCUUAUACGAUAAUCUGACAUAUCUGAUGUGAAGAUAUUUUGUAACUGAGCGCAUAUCGAAAUAUUAAUUAAUAUAUGAAGUCUUGAAAAUAAUUGAUGUUUUUUGUAUACGGUUUUAUGGAUAAAAACUGAACUAGUAACUUAGCGCUAACCUAGAAUCUUAAUUCAGUUUUGAAUGUUCCUAGGAGUUUCAAAUAUAGAUGAUCUAAUAUCUAAAAGGAAAGGAAAUGUACUUCCAAACCUCUAGCGCCAAGUUAAAAGCUUUUGCACUCAAAGUCUUGCAAUGACAACACAGCUCGGUGUGCCCUAUACUUCUUUCCUAGUUUUUACAUGUGAUAUAAGUUACUCUACAAAUAUAGUCGAAACAGGCUUCUCCAGAUCGUAAAAACAAAAUUAUGUUGCAAGAAAUAUUUCGUUUGUUUGGCAUAUAAGUAUCACAUCGCAGGUCGAACUGAUAACAUAAAUCAAAGCUGAAUUUGAACUAGCCUGUUUCAAAUUAUUAUUUGAUCAUUUUGGCAGCAAGCGGUCUUUACAGCUGAAAAAGUCAAACAGUAGGUAUAGGUACCUACAAUAAAAGAUAGUUAACUGACGAAAACAAGACAACUUAUACAAAUAUUGAGAUAACGAUUGCAUCCCGCAGGUUUGACGCUAAUCGCGAUUUCUUUUCUUAAAUGUAAAUUUAAUAUAAUUUUAUAUAUAAUGUAAAUUUAUUUUAUAUAUUUAUAACUUUUAUAGGGGCAUUAUUAAAAAAGUGUUUUUCUUACAUUAUUAGUAUAUUAAAAAAGGCAACGUAAGCUUCACAUUAGUGCGAGAAUUCAUAUCGUUGUAUGAAAAUGAUUACGGGAAUUUCUUUGGUUUGCCUUUGUUGAUUCGUGGUUUUGUAAGCCAAUUUGUUCUUAAUUGGUUGACAUGAUUUCCUGUACUGACCGCGUGCAGCGUUAGACAAUAUUACGUACAUAACUUAUGUUGCUAAAUAAACACUUGUCCCGAAUAAAUAAAAAUAUCGACUGAAAAUGACUCGUAACUAUAAACUGUGUUCUUCAAGCCUUUCCAUUUUACCUUUUGAAAACUAUUUAAGGCUUUUUACAUUGAUAUAAAACGUGAACUAAAAUAAGAAUAAAUAAAUAAACGUGUUGAAUUAAUUAUAUUAUAGUUCUAAAAUGAUUCCAUUGAUGAUUGUCGUUUAUUUUAUUUAAAAUGUAUGUUAAGAUGUAUAAUAUUUUGUAAGCCGUGAAAAUAUUAUAUGAAUGUAUAAAUGUUAAUCAAUGUUUGAAGGAAUAAUUUCUCAUUUUGCUUGUUUAUUUCAUUAUUUCUAUUUUCUACUAGUGAUUUGAUUUUUGUGUAGCUCUUAAUUUGUUAUUUUUUAUUUCCUAAUAUUUAAAAAAGUAUCAUGAAUUAAAAUAUAGAGUUUAUGACCAUAAAUUAAGUGAUAAACCACAUAGAACAACACAUUGUCGCCAUUUUUAAUAUAGUCUUUUUAAUUUCUUAAUAUGAAAAUAAAUUUUCUUUCUAUUCAUAAACAUAUUGCCAGAAUGUUAAUAUAUGCUAUAAUAACUAGAUAACACCCAAUUUAAAGUAGUUAGGUAAAUAUGAGAGGAGGCUAAAUCUUAUUUAUUAUUUUUUUACGCGAAUAGACACAAUAUUUAUGUAAUAGUAUCUUGUAGACAUUUGUUCCUCAUAUUUCGUAACGCAUGCUUUAUUUUUUUAUAAAUAACUUUAUUUCCUAGUUUCUAGUUUGUCUAGAUAUUAGAAGCACAGAUGAUAAAUGGUAGGUAUUAAGUGUGGUUAUAAAAAAAGGUAGCUUUUUGACAUAUCCCAUAUACAACAAAAUAGAUAAAGAAAUUAAUAUUGGUGGUUGAAUUUUAUAUACUUCCUCGCUUGGAAUUUAAAAUAAAUAACCAGCAAUGUAUCGGUGUAUUCAUAUUAUAUCAAAAUAUAUAGUCCACUUAACGACAUAUAAUAAUGGUAAUGGUAGAUUUUUCGAGAAAGUUUGUUAUUACAAUGUGUUUAGGUAAUCGUUUGCGUAUGUAAUUGAUCGAUUGAUGAAAUAAAACGAAUAUUGUCCUAUA